AUGGCAAGUAGAAGGCAGAGGAAAAACUUAUUAGGCUCAGUGAAGGUGAAUGGUGUUGAGUUUGAAGAUCCAAUUAUGAAGUCUAGGCCUAAAUUGCCAGGUCCAUUUUUAUCCAUUGGUCUGACUAAUUCAAAGGAUGUUUUGGAGGCAGAGUUUAGUGAGGCAGAGAUUUGGGUAGCCAUUAAAGAUUGUGAUGGUAAUAAGGCCCCUGGGCCUGAUGGGUUCAAUCUGUCUUGUAUACAAAAUUGCUGGUCUAUCAUGAAAGGUGAGUUUCUUCAAUUUUUCAAGGAGUUUCACAGUUAUGGGAAGAUGGCUAAAGGGGUAAAUAGUUUUUUCAUCACUUUGAUUCCUAAAAAGGAGAACCCCUCUAAUUUGAGUGAAUAUGGACCUGUUAGUUCGGUUAGCUUCGUUUACAAAGUGUUGGUUAAAGUGCUGUGUAUAAGGCUAAGACAAGUGCGACCUAAACUUACAGGAGAAGUUCAUAUUGCUUUUCUUGGAGGAAGAUAUAUUCUUGAUGGGAUGUUAAUUGCAAAUGAAGUGGUGAACUGGUGGAAGAAAUCAAAGAAAAAAGGAAUCAUCCUUAAAUUGGACUUCGAGAAGUUUUAUGAUUCAGUAUAUUGCUAG